CGGGCCAGUCAGUCCACUGACUGAUAACAGCUCGGUUGAUUUGUUGUAACGCUUUUAUCAUUCCUGCAACAUCUUCCAUAUUAUUUUUUUGGUUGAGUCACGGGGAUUUUUUUUCAGCAAAUGUGAGAAAAUUAGGAGGAAAACCAGCGAAUGGAACGUCCCGCUACUAAUUUUUUGAAAGGUUAAGCAUUGGCUAUGCGACGCUCCGCAGGAACCAGCUGCACCUUUUGAUCCAGAAACUUCAUCUACUGUCGGACUGAAUUACGUAAAACACACCGUCUAACAGUAGGUUAUUUUGGUUUUAAUUUUAUUUAUUAUAUAUUUUUUACGAAUCUUAUACGAUGAAGGGAAUAGUUUUGAUGCUAGCAGUGAAGGUGUAAAUGCAACAUGGCUGCUGCGGGGAUAGCAGAGAGAAAAGUUUAACACGGACGUGGGGCAAGUUUCGAACCACAUCUGUUGUCCGCACAUUUAAGUGAAGCCUGCGUGAACAAGGCUUCGCGGGGAGUCCUAAAAAGCCAGCAGAGGAACUGUGUCGGAGCCUCCACCUCCUCUUCCUCCUCCUCCUCCUCCUUCACCUCCUCCUCGUCGUCGCAGCUGAGGACUUUCAAACUGUGGCGUCUCACCUCUUCAUCCCAGACUCUGCUGGAGGCUUUCAAGGCAAGCUUUGUUUGGAGUUAAAAUGCAUUUCUCUAUUCCCGAGACGGAAGUUCGCUCAGGGGACAAUGGUUCUACCUAUGUGGCCUACAACAUCCAUGUGAACGGCGUGCUGCAUUGCCGGGUCCGUUACAGUCAACUCCUCGGCCUACACGAACAGAUAAAGAAGGAAUAUGGCAGCAACGUGGUUCCCGCCUUCCCCCCAAAGAAGAUCUUCACGCUGACCCCAGCUGAGGUCGAACAGAGGCGGGAACAGCUUGAGAAAUACAUGCAAGCUGUACGUCAGCAUCCUUUGCUUGGAGCCUGUGAUUUGUUCAACAGCUUCUUAAGGAAAGCACAGCAGGAGACCCAACAGAUUCCCACAGAGGAGGCGGCUCUAGACGUCUGCCUCUGCAGCGGUCCGAAGCUCAGCGUCCACAUCCUGACCUCGGAUCAGACGGAGGAUGUUCUUGAAGCUGUUGCUACAAAGCUGGACCUCCCGGAUGAUCUGGUGGGAUAUUUCAGCCUCUUCUUGGUCCACGAAGGAGUGGAUGGAAGUUUGACAUUUGUGCGAAAGCUGCAGGAGUUUGAGCUGCCUUACGUUUCCAUUACCAGCUUGCAGAGCUCGGAAUUUCACAUAGUUCUACGAAAAAGUUACUGGGACAUGGCCUAUGAUCAUGACGUCAUGGACAACAGAGUUGGCUUAAAUUUACUUUAUGCUCAGACAGUUUCUGACAUUGAGCGAGGCUGGAUACUCGUCAACAAGGACCAACAAAGGCAGCUCAAGUCACUUCAGGAAAAAGGCUCCAAAAAAGAGUUCAUCCAUCUAGCACAGACUCUCAAAUACUACGGCUACAUCAAGUUUGACCCGUGCAUCACGGAUUUCCCCGAGAAGGGAUGCCAAGUCAUCGUCAGCGCCGGCAACAACGAGCUCAAUUUCCACGUCAAGCUGCCCAACGAACAGAUGAAGGAGGGGAGCUUCAAGGUCACGCGCAUGAGAUGUUGGCGAGUCACGUCUUCUCAAGUCCCAGUAACCAACGGUACAACGAAUCCCUGCGGCUCGACGAAAUGCGACGUCAAACUGGAGCUCGCCUUUGAAUAUCUGAUGAGCAAGGACCGCCUGCAGUGGGUCACCAUCACCAGUCAGCAGGCCAUCAUGAUGAGCAUAUGCCUUCAGUCUAUGGUUGAUGAAUUAAUGGUCAAGAAGUCUGGCGGCAGCAUAAAAAAGGUUUUGAAAAAGAGACACCAUGAGUCUGUCCACAGAUCCGACAGCCAGCAAGCGCUGAAAUCCCCCCCUCUACUGGAAUCCCCUGAUGCAAACCGAGAACAAAUAGUUAAACUCUCUACCAAGCUAAACUCAGUGUCUCUCCGAGGGAUCAGCACCUCCAACUCCACCAACGACAUCAGCGGCAACGAUUUCCACGGCAACUACGCUUUCGAAGGAAUCGGCGAUGACGACCUGUAACACAUUCUCCACCUUCCUUCCUUCCGUUUCAGUUUUAAGAUGAACUAAGGUCAGAAUCUGAGCCGACACUCGAUAUAAGAAGGCGUCCACUUCUGCAAUACUGUAGCUUUUUUCCCCGCCCACCAGGGAGAAACUGCUGCCUUAAGCUUGAUCUUUGACUGUAUCAUUUAGACUUUGAAGGCUCAUUCCAGUUUUAGUUGCAAUCAUGUUUAAACUUUGCUCCUUCUUUAUUGAGCAUAAAGAGAGAGUGGAUCUUCCCUGGGUGGUUGUACUUGGCCUUUCACUAGUGAUCAGACAGCAGAACUGUGCAAACUUAGAAGGAUCCAGUAAGGAAAGUAAAGUAUCUUGAAGCUGCUCAGUUACACGGAUGAUAAAUGUUUGGCUAAAUACCAAAUCAUAUUUUUGUAAUAAUGUCGCCUGUGUUUCAUCAUCAGCAGCUCCCAUUCUCGCGGGGGUCACUCGUCCUGCCUUCAGAAGUCGUCUGAUGCCUUAAUGGUUUGAACUCAUCCAGCAUCUUUGCAUUAAUCUCACCCAGUGUUAGUCUGCAGAACGAGAUGAUGAUGAUGAUGAUUGAGCUGCUUGCACUUCCUAAAAACCAUCAUUUUGCACAGUGUUACUAGAAAAUGUGUUUUAGAGCUCAAAUCUUUUUUUUUUUUUUAAUCAACCCCCCCAGGGAGGCUCUGUAAAUUCAUUUUAAAAUUUCUUUUAUGUUUUUAAAGUUUCUCAUUAAUGCCAAAUUCUAGUUUACUAAAGCAUUUUGCACAAAUAAACAAAAAAAAAGAUGAUAAUGUCACUUUUUUAUAUUCUGUACAUUGCUAUAAAGGGUUACUAAUAUCAUCUUAGAGAAAUGUAAUCAGAUCAAAUGUAAUCUAGAGCAACGUUCAAAAGGACCAACAUUAUCAUGUUUACAUUAAUGUUGAGGGGACUUUCAUUUUUAUUUUUUUAGUAUAAAUGAAGUGUUUACAGAUUUUGCUUUUGAUUAACUUGUUCGUAUUUUUUAAAGGAGAUCAUGUGAGGAACUGUGGCUUAGUCUUUUGUUUGUACGUGGUGCCAAUCAUCAAAGACGAUUUAUUGAAAUAAAAAAAGGUGCUUUGAAAUGCUGGAGUGAACAAAAUUCACAGUGUAGGCAACAAAAUGAAACAUAUCUCACCUGCUUUAGAAAUCCCGUCGUUCCAUAUUGAUGGUUUCAAAAGCUGCCUCUAAAUGUAAAUCAGUGCCAACCUAUCAACAGCUUUAUUCUCACAGGUAGCUACGACAAACUAAAUGUUGUCAGUGUAAAUAUCUUGUUCUUUCUCUGCUGUGAUUCAUCUGGAUUUGUUUUGUUGGCUGGGAAGAGGAUGUAGACUCUUGCCAGGUUUUUAAUUUUUUUAAAAGAUUUUUCUCUGUUGCUGUCAAUACCAAGUACCUGCGAGAUCCUGGAUGUGUUUAAAUCAAAAUCGCACACUAGCAGUUUUUCCAUCAGCGUCAUUUUUAAAAUAAAAGUCACUUUUCAUCAAUGUUUUAUCAGCUUCCACUAAUGUCUUUUAGAUUUUGGUGGUAAAGUCGAUGUCUGCCUUGUUUGUGAUGAUGCUAAAAUAAACAAAUAAAAUAAGACCUUUC